CUAUUUUACUCCACACAUAUAUAAACAGCUUCAGACUAUUGGGGCUAAAGAAAGCUUACUGGACUAAGCAAUCCUUGGAAAAGGCUAAGGGACUUGAAGCAAACAACAGUGAAGAUGAAAUUGUAUUUGGUGCUUGCCUUUGUUGCAUUUACAGGUUGCCAAGCCAAUCUGUUCUAUGCUGAUGAGCCCAAACCUCAGCUGGAGCAGCUGACUGAUGCAUUCUGGAGCUAUGUUGCCAAGGCAACACGUACUGCAGAGGACACUCUGAAAAUGAUUAGAGAGUCUCAGCUGGGUCAGGAAAUCAAUGCGAGACUGACAGAAAGUGCUGAUAAAGCCAGUGAAUAUGCCAUCACCAUCAAAAAUCAGAUGAAUCCUCUAGCUGAAGAACUGAUGAUCAAAAUCUGUAAGGAAGCUGAAGUGUUGAGGGAGCGUUUGGAGAAGGACCUGACCACAGUAAGAGACAAACUGGAGCCCUAUGCUGAGAAUCUCAAGAGCCAAAUUCAGCAGAGAGUGGAGGACCUCAGAGCAGCCAUGGCUCCAUAUGCAGAGUCCCUGGAUUCUGAGACCCUGAAGGCCACUCUGCUCCAAAAAAGUGAGGAGCUGAGAGGGAGCCUGGAGCAGAGCGUGAAGGAGCUGCAGGCUCAACUGGAGCCCUACACUGCUGAAAUCAAAGAGAAGGUGGACCAGCACCUGCAGGAGUUCCAGAAGACUGUGACCCCACUGACUGAGGAUCUACAGACAAAGAUUGUAGAGAGAGCCCAGUUUGUCCAGCAGAGUCUUUCGCCCUAUGCUGAAGACCUGAAGGAAAAGCUGGACCCCUAUGCCCAGAACCUGAAGGACCAGCUCACCUCCCUCUAUGAGUCCUUUACCAAUACCAACUAAAUUCGUCAAAGACUUCUUUUGCCAUUUACAGAACUGUUUUUCCUUGCAUGAGCAUUGUGACUCUAGUCUCUAGUGUUAUCUCUUACUUUUUCAUAGACAAACACUAUUGUAGAAAAUGUGAGUAAACCUCUGGUCAGAUUUUAGCAAAAUAUUUCAGUGUUUUCUCAUUAUAACAUUUGUGUAUUUAUUUACAUUUGCUUUUUUGCUCUUUAUUUUUGUGACAGAAAAUGUUUGUUUCUUGCAAUUUUAUAAGCACCAAGUUUAGCAUUAUUCUUAUUUAUGCAACAAUAAAACACCUGCCAUUUAUUAAUUCAAUGUUUCUUCUGAAGUGUGGAAGAUAUGCUUAGUUUAGUUAAAUCAUGAAUUUGUGUAGAUAUAAUAUAUACACACAGUAUAUUUUGAAUGCCUACAUAUGCCUAGAUAUUACAUUCAAGGUGCUAUUAGAAUUUUUUAAUGUGCAAUCCUCUUAAGAUCUAAUUGAUUAGCCCUUUGAAAAUGCGCAUGGGCCAAAUUACAUACAUUUUCAUAAAAUCACCACAAGAAAAAAAUAGGAAUCUUAUGACAUAUUAAAUGAAUAAAUAAAUACAUUAUGCAACAGUGACAUGCUCUCUUAGUAAAUGAUUUCCAUGACAAGUCCUUUUAAAAUAUUACAAUGGAAUCUACUGUAAGCAAAAUGAAAUUGACAAUCUUGUGUGUAAAAGCAUUAUGAUAUAUUGUCAUAAAAAAUUUUUUAUCAUGGGAUGGAUGUGCUUGUCUGUUUUGAAAGAUUCAAAUGUGGAAUUUGACACCAUAUAUAAAAAU